UAUCCCGUAUAUCCAUCUUUCGGCGGGUCCAUAGUCCAUCGUAAAAACACGUGUUUACACGUCGAACGAUCAUUCGUUCGUUCAUAGUUCAUUGCAGUACUCGAAGAAAAUAACGUUAUCAAGCAACAAGCACAUUUAUUUAUUAUCUCUCGCCAGAGUCUCAUUGUUUCAUACUUACAUUUAACGUUCAGUUUGAAUCACUGUCAAUGGAAAAUCGACGUUCUUAAGAAAUUUUACCAAUUACAUACGAAGUUCUAUUACGCGCGUCUUUUGUUGAUAUACGAGUUGCUUUGCUAACAUUCGUGGAAGGAAAUUUCGACUGAUAAAUUUCUUUCAAAGUGUUUCAUUAUUAAACUGUGCUAAAUAUUUAGUUUGGAGUUGGAUUUAUAAUAUUAGCAAUGGUUGUUUUUACUUGCAACAAUUGUGGAGACUCGCUUCAAAAGCCCAAAGUUGCUAAGCACUAUCAGUUUCAGUGCAGAACUGCACCAUUCCUCACCUGUGUGGACUGUUUUAAAGAUUUUAGGGGAAAUGAAUAUGUAGCUCAUACUAAAUGCAUCACGGAAAAUGAACGCUAUGGGGGCAAAAACUAUAUACCAAAGCCAAGUCAAAAUAAAGGAGAGAGAAAACAACAGGCUUGGAUUAAUGUUGUACAAAAUGUUUUAGCUAAUUCCACAACACUAACUGUUCCUGAGAGGAAUCUACUCAGUUCUAUUGCAAAGCAUGAGAAUAUUCCUAGAAAAAAGGCAAAAUUUUUGAAUUUUAUCAAUAACAUAUCUGGCAACAGAGUUAACAUGACUAUAGUAAGUAGCGUUUGGGAUAAAAUGGAAAGUGCAUUCAAAGAAGCUAGUGCUCAGAUUGAUAAUGAAGAAAAUAACAGUGAAAAGAACAAAGAAGAAAAUCAAAAUAACUCUAAUAUUUGCAAAGAGGAUGGUACUGUAGUAAAUAAGUUAAAUGAGAUUGAAUCGCAAAACCAAAAGAGUAAAACAUCCAAGAAGAGAAAACACGAAAACUACGAAAAUGAUGAUAAUGAGCAUGCUAAUAAAAAGAAAAAUGAGACUGAGAAGAAUAAUGUAACAAUAGAGGAUGUUACUGAAAAUGGAGAUAGUAAAUUCAGUUGGAAGACUACUAUUCUAGAAAUUGUCACUAGCAAAGGAGAAAUUACAUUGAGAAAACUAAAAAAAAAAGUUAUUACGCAGUAUCUGGCACAUUUUCCAGAUAGUACAUCUGAAAAAGCAAUGUCCAAGUUUGAGAAAAAGCUUGGAAAAGUGUCAGACAUUUUAAUUGACGAAAAUAAAGUCAAAUUAGUCACUGCCUCUUAAUUGUUGCAUUAAAUAGAUAAUGAGCUUGCACAUGAAUUUUGUAAAAUAUUAUUAAUUUUGUAAGAUUUAAAAUUAAGCUACGAAACAAUUAUCAAUUACAUUUGAUAUGAAAUUUUUACAA